GAAAGAGCAAACGACGAGUGUGAGAGAGACGAGGAGAGCGAACGAAAGACAGAAAGAGACAAGGAAAUAGUUCGGGGGAGAUGGAGUUUUCGUAUCUAGGCACUCCCGUCCUCACCCUGAGGUCCCUGCGUUCAGUUCACAUAGUCGUGUCGAUUGCAUCAGGUGUCGGUCGUGUUUCCCGAUUGUAUUGACCGAUCUUGCGUCUCAGCCACUCCUCUCGUUCUCCGCGUGUUACCGGAAGCAUUUCCUCAAACAUCAUGUCCAUCAACGACAUUCUUGGAAAACGUUACAAGCUCUCCAGUAGCGAAAACUUCGACGAUUUUAUGAAAGCGCUCGGCGUGGGUAUGGUGACGCGGAAAAUGGGCGCUACUGUCAGUCCCGUCGUCGAAUUGACGGAGAAAGACGGAGUAUAUACUCUGAAGACGACUAGUACCUUCAAAAACACGGAAAUAAAAUUCAAACUCGGCGAAGAGUUCGAUGAAGACACUGUGGACGGCAGAAAAGUGAAGAGUGUCUGUACUCUGGAAGGGGAUAAACUCAUACAGGUGCAGAAAGGUGAUAAGGAUACUACGAUUGAAAGGGAAUUCACACCUACAGAGAUGAAAGCGAUUAUGAAAGUUGAUGACAUAGUUUGCACAAGAGUAUAUAAGAUCCAGGAAUAAGAGUCACUUCAGAAAACUGACAAUGAGACGCGUGCACAACCGUGUAUGCUUUUAGAAGAGAGGUGUAAAUUACUGUUUAAAAUCUUGUCGUUCGAGCACGAAUAAGGUAUUUUUAUGCAUUAGCAUGCAUAUUGGAUCACAUAUGUAAACCCUUCAUAACUUGUGUCAAAGUGUAAUGUAAAAAAUUACGCACAAUACGUUGUUUUCCUACAAAGUUAGAAUUUAUAUAUUUAAUUCAUAUUUAAUCUUUAAAUAUGCAUGUGUUUAUAAAAUGAGUAUAGCAAAUAAUAAUUGAAACAAAUAUUAGCCGCUUACAUUGUGCACAUUUUCUGAUGUAUUUACAUAUUACGUACUACAUAAUGUUCCAUGUACAGCAGUGUAACUGCAUUACCUAUUGUGUAUGAAACCAAAUAAAAAAUAUGUUCUUUUCUAC